AGCCUUGGAAACCCUACGGGGGCAGUUCUCUGUUCUGUUGUGUCUCUGUGAAUCGGAAUCAACUCGACGGCAGCGGGUUUGGUUUUGGAUUUGGUUUUUUGUUGUUGGGGCCAGCAAUUCUUUAGAGAUCUGCUCUGCCUGGGGAAUUAAAGCCUCAUCAAAUAUAUACAGUGUUUUCUUAAGUGUAUUUUCCAACUAGUGAUCUCUAACUUCAGUGUUUCGAGCAUUCAGCAAACGUUUAUGAGCCCACCUGAAAGCAUAGCAUAGUGCAAGAGAAGAAACACGGUAUUAGCCGUGUCCUUGCUCACAAUGAGACAAAACAAAUACACAAGUUAGAUUAUAGUAUAAGGAGUACACAAGAGUGUGGCCCAGCCCCUAGCGUCAGAUAGAACAGGGUUUCAGGCCCGCCUCUAACCCUUACUUCUAUGCUGUACAUUUCAGUUUCUUCAUUGUAAAAUGGAAAGAAUUUAUCUAUCUCAUAGAAUUGUUACGAAUAUUAAAAUGAGAUGAUGCACAUAAAGUGCUCAGUGCAGUAUCUGGCUCAUCGUAAUGGCUCACUUGCACCUUCUCUUCCUUUACAAGAAGAUUUUGUUUAUCACUGGAAGGCAAUUACACAUUACUACAUAGAGACUUCAGAUGAUAAAGCCCCAGUGACAGAUACAAACAUUCCAUCUCAUCUGGAGCAGAUGUUAGAUAUAUUGGUACAAGAAGAAAAUGAACGGGAAUCUGGAGAGACGGGGCCAUGUAUGGAAUAUUUGCUUCAUCACAAGAUCUUGGAAACAUUAUAUACCUUAGGGAAAGCUGAUUGUCCUCCAGGAAUGAAACAGCAGGUUUUGGUAUUCUACACUAAACUUCUGGGAAGAAUCCGGCAGCCACUGCUUCCACACAUUAAUGUGCAUAGACCUGUGCAGAAAUUAAUUCGACUUUGUGGUGAAGUUCUUGCAACUCCGACAGAAAAUGAAGAAAUUCAGUUUCUUUGUAUUGUGUGUGCAAAACUGAAACAAGAUCCCUACUUGGUUAAUUUUUUUCUCGAGAAUAAGCUAAAGUCUUUGGCUUCUAAAGGAACAUCAGAUAUAACUUCAGAGGACUCGUUAAAAGAUCAGGGUGCCUUGUCAACAGAUACAGGACAGUCCAGUCAGCGGGAGGAACUAUCUGGUGCUACAGGAAUGGAAAAAACAGAGUUAGAAGAUGAGCCUUCUCAUCAGAUGGACGAUCUGUCCACCAGCUUGGAUAAUCUCAACGUUACUUCACUGCCAGAGGCCUCAGUGGUUCGUCCAAACCAGGACUACAACUUAGUGAAUUCCUUGUUAAAUCUUACUAGAAGUCCUGAUGGCCGGAUAGCUGUGAAAGCCUGUGAGGGUUUGAUGUUGUUAGUGAGUUUGCCGGAGCCUGCGGCUGCAAAGUGCCUCACACAGAGCACUUGCUUGUGUGAACUGCUGACAGACAGGCUGGCUUCCCUGUACAGGGCCCUACCUCAGUCCGUGGAUCCGUUAGAUAUUGAAACAGUGGAAGCAAUUAACUGGGGCUUGGACUCCUAUAGUCAUAAAGAAGAUGCGUCAGCGUUUCCAGGAAAACGAGCCUUAAUUUCAUUUCUUUCCUGGUUUGAUUAUUGUGAUCAGCUCAUUAAGGAAGCACAAAAGACUGCAGCUGUUGCUCUGGCCAGAGCUGUUCAUGAAAGGUUUUUCAUUGGUGUCAUGGAGCCCCAGUUAAUGCAAACUUCUGAGAUGGGUAUUCUGACAUCAACCGCUCUGCUUCAUCGCAUCGUCCGGCAAGUCACCUCUGAUGUUUUGCUUCAAGAAAUGGUGUUUUUUAUCCUUGGAGAACAGAGGGAACCGGAAACUCUGUCAGGAAUUAGUAGACAUCCUUUAAGACAUAGGUUAAUUGAACACUGUGAUCACAUAUCUGAUGAGAUAAGCAUAAUGACGUUAAGAAUGUUUGAACAUCUUUUACAAAAACCCAAUGAGCACAUUCUUUACAAUUUGGUCUUAAGAAAUCUUGAAGAAAGAAAUUACACAGAAUAUAAACCUUUGUGCCUGGAAGAUAAAGAUGUGGUGGAGAAUGGACUGAUAGCAGGAGCAGUAGAUCUGGAAGAAGAUCCAUUGUUUACUGACAUUGCACCAGAUAACACUUUGUCAAACCAAGAGUGGCUUAGUUCUUCACCUCCUACUACUCCAGACCACCCCAAAACUGAUGGGAAAACUGAAGUCCAUAAAACUGUCAAUAGUUUUCUCUGUCUGGUACCAGAUGAAGCAAAGUCAUCCUACCAUGUUGAGGGCACUGGGUAUGACACCUACCUCCGAGACGCUCAUAGGCAGUUCCGGGACUACUGUGCUAUCUGCUUAAGAUGGGAAUGGCCGGGGUCUCCAAAAGCAUUGGAAAAGUGCAAUUUAGAAGCAGCUUUCUUUGAAGGUCAUUUUUUGAAAGUACUAUUUGACAGAAUGGGAAGAAUUCUUGAUCAGCCAUAUGAUGUAAAUUUACAAGUAACCUCAGUGUUAUCUAGACUUUCUCUCUUCCCUCAUCCACACAUACACGAGUACCUUUUGGAUCCUUAUGUGAACCUCGCUUCUGGCUGUAGAUCUCUCUUCUCUGUAAUCGUCAGGGUUGUUGGAGACCUUAUGGUUCGAAUCCAGCGUAUUCAAGACUUUACUCCCAAACUUCUCUUGGUCAGAAAGCGAUUACUUGGUUUGGAACCUGAAGGCCCUAUUAUUGACCACAUCACAUUGCUCGAGGGUGUGAUCGUGUUAGAAGAGUUUUGCAAGGAGCUGGCGGCAAUUGCAUUUGUGAAGUACCACGCUUCUUCCACACCAUAAGUAGCAUCUUUCAAGUCACCAGAGGGACAGAACUAUUGAGCCCAUUUCAUCAAAAAAGACUGUUCAACCCAACCAAGAGAGGAUAAAAAGCCUUUUUAAAUGAAGCAUUGCUGUAAACUGGACCAGAACCAUUAAGAACCUACUGAGUGGGCAUUCUCGGUAAAAUGUUGUACAGUGUUUUCAUUGGCUUUGUAAUAAUGGUUCUUCUAUAUAUAAGAUUGCACGUCCUUGAAUCCAGGAUACAAUCAAAGGAACUUCAGGAAAUAAGCAUUUCUAAUGACUGUGUGAAAAGCUGCAAAACUUCUGAUGUCAUGACUUUGGUAUUUCUGUUAUUUUAAUAUCCUAUUAGGUAGCAAGGCAUUUUGACAUUCGCUGGGACUCAGAUGCUUAUAUUCUUUGGAUUAAUGAGUAGCAAAAAAAAAAUAAUCACUAAUUUUAUAUUUUUAAGGUCAGAAUUCUUUUCAAACAAAUAUGAAAAGAAAUUGUAAAUUAGAAAAAGAUACAAUUUAGGAACCAUCAAAUGAAAUGAGUUAAUUAUAGGAGUUGAUAACCCAACACAGAGAACUGUUAACUUACUUCAGCUUUUCUAAGAAUAACAAUUUAAUAUGAUAAAGAAAUUCUUGAUUAAUACUAUAUAUAUAUUUUUUGAAAAACAUUCUUUUACUCUUAUGUGCACAUAACCACGUUAAUGAUUGAUUUUCAUGUGUGGGUCCCAGCUUAUUUAAACUGUCAUUUUUGCUACAGUGUUGAAUUUAUGCUCAUCAUCAAUAGUGUUUGCUAAUUAACAUGUUUUUGGUUGAGAAGCCUUUUUUCUUUUUCUCUGAAAAUUGCUUUAUAGUUUGAUUUUCUUAGUGAAACCCAUGGUAGUGUCUAGGCAGGGAACUGACUGAUAACUCUUAGGCGGCAAUCAAAUUGCCAAUGGCCUCCUAAUGUUUACAUUUUUUUUUUUUUAAUUUUGUUCAGUCAUUUGUUUUAAACGAUUCUAAAAGAGAAAAACACAACUCUGUUAAAUGUCCUGUUGACAUGUUAAAGGAUUUUGGUAAAUUGAGUAUGUAUGUGAAUGGAUAUGUAUGUAGGAAUGUGUGGGUAGUUUAACAAAGCUGUGCUGUGCACAGCAUGCUUGAACUUUAUUUACAGAAUGGUGUUUGCUAGUUCGUUAAGUGAUGUUUAUCACUCAAAUGUUACUUUUAAGCUAUCUUUUUUUUUUUUUAAGUUGAAAUAUUAAGCAGCAGCACUUUCCUCAUCUUUCCAUUUACUGAUAUCUAGGGGAGCAGAAUAUCAAACUUUCCAUCUUGAAAGGAACUGUCACUACCCCCUGUAAGAAGUUGCUUUCUGUAGCAUGUUUGCAUAUAUACAUCGCGUGGCAUGUGCGUAGAAGCAUGGUUUAUACCUGUCUGCUAAUUUUGUUAUAUUUGUUUUUCUGAUUUAUUUUAUAGUUGGUUUUUGCUAUUUAUUAAGAACAGAAUAUCAAAAGGUGAUGAAUAUUCUCAGCUCUAGAAUGCCUACCACUGUUGAAACAACAACAAAAAGACUAAAUUUUUAUUCUAAUACAAAUCUUUGUCAGCAUACUAUAAGAAAUUUAUUUAGCAAGACAAUGAAAAAACGAAAGUGGGAGGUAGUUACUUUAUGCAUGAUUUUCUUUAGAUGAUUUUAAUGGUGGGAAAGCAUUAUUCAGUUUGCCGUGUUUAUUGAUCAGUUCAUACAAGGAACACUGCAGCAUCUCCAUUUUCAGAUGCAGUUGUCUACUCUGAUGAAGGUGUAUUUAAAAUAAGGCAUUAAGAGAUAUUAGAUAUUUCUUAAUAUUUUCACAUAGUGCUCAGUAGGUGUAAUGGCAGUGAUGUGACCUCUCAAACCAGAAAUACAUUUUAUCCUUGUUUUCACAGUGGGACCUUGUAGCUUGUCCAUAAAACCAAGCCCAGAAAAGCUUUAACCCUUAUGUUUUUUGUGUGUAUGCUGCUUCUGAAAACAUAAUUGUCCUAAGUUAUUGUAAUGAUUUUGCUUUUUAAUUAGCUAAAGCUUAAAGUAUAAUUUUUUUUUUAUUUUUUUCUCUUACAAAGAGAGUUUCUUGUGACUUUUUUUUUUCUUUUCAUUUUUAGUUCAGACCUAGAGCCAGCACAAGUUCUCACAAUGAAUUGGAUUUGUUAGUGAAAUAUUGUACUACAUCACUAGUCUUUUUCUUACUGUCUCUGGGAAGCUGAAUAUUCCCAUUACUCAGUACUUGUAAAACCAUGACUAAACUGCGCUGCGUUGGCUGGAAAGUAUCACCUCAACAAUUGGUUAGUCUAACAAGUUCCGAAGGGAACUCAGCCUUGCUUCACAUUUGUAUAGAUAGGAAUGCACUUUUUUUUUUUUACUUUUCUCUUUAACAGUCUUUGGGUUUAUUUUUAGUAACGAGCCACAUUCUUUACUUGAUAGAACUCAGAUUUGUCCUUAGCCAAUUAUCAUUGUCUUACUCACAUCAUAACUGUGUCAGGUUCUCACAGUGUAUCUGUCUGUGCAAUAUGGAAGCUAUGAGUGGAUUCAUAGCUUUUUUUUUUUGUACAUUAUCAUGUGUGUACAUAUAUGUACAUAUAUAUAUAUCUAUAUCUAUAUAUAUAUAUAAAAGGACCAAAAUUCUUAGCUUGCUUACACUGUUGCUAGUGUAAAGAUUGUUACACUUAAUUUUACGGGGCACAAGUAAUAGAAUUACUUCAUAAAUUCCUGGCAACAUAUUUCCAUAAAUUAUUGCAUUACUUUACAACAACCAUUUAAUUAUGAAUUUCAUAGGUAAUAAAGUUAGAGUGAAGUACUACAACCACAAAUUACAUGGUAAUUAUAUUUUGGGUUGUACAGUAAAUCCAAAUAUGCAUGUCACUUUGACACUCAGUGUUAAAACAUGAUAGAUAAUCGUAUUUCUGGGCCCUGUAAAAUAGUGUUACUGUAAUACUCUGUUUUCCCUCCUGCCUUGUUUACAUUAAACAGGAUAUUUGGUAGAUUUUUCUGUUGAACAUUGUGUAGGUUACUGACAGUGUUACCAAAGUCUGGCAUUCUUGGGCCAUCAUGAGGCAACUUCAGAUGGUGAUUGUGUACCUACUCUCACUUCUUCAAAGGAGGUUGUGAUCAAGUUCAACUUUUUGGGCUAACAAUGCAUGCAGGACUAAGAGGGAUGAUCUAAGAAUAAAUAAUGUAGUUUAAACAAAAUGUCGUCUUAGAUUUUUGUAGAAUUCAAACUGGAAACAUUUUAUCCACGGAUAAGUCUAAACCAAUAAUUGUCAUGUUUUUUCCCCACCCCCCUACACACAAAGGUGCAUGGUACACUGCAACCAGGGGUCGCCAUAGCAUUGGUUCUAGGGAGAGAAGAAGGAGGAGUACCUCAGAGUAUCUGUGGAGGGGGGGAAUAUGUAGAUUGAAAAAUUCCCCUGAGUGAGACUCACAAAUAUUCCCCACACCACUCCUUGGAGCCCCCUGAUGGCACAGUGGUUAAGACCACAGCUGCUAACCAAAAGGUCAGCAGUUCGAAUCCAGCAACCGCUCCUUGGAACCCCAUAGGAAAGUUCUACUCUGUCCCGUAGGGUCACUAUGACUUUACGGCAUCUGACAACAUUCCUUAAUAAUCGCUGCCGUCAAGGGAAGAAUGUUUAGGCAAGUGUUAUAAAAACAAGUCAUUCUUAGCAUUAUUUCUUAAUAUUUGUCUAACACAUAGGAAAACUUUUCUUUCUUACUGACAUUUAAAACAAUUAGAUUUUAGGCUUAUUCUAUUCGUGUGUUUGCCAAAGUCCCUUAUUUGGAAACUGAAAGAAACAUGUAAUGGAUGGCAACAACCAGAAAGAGAAAAGUGUAGUUAUUAAUCCCACCUACCCAAAGAUUCUUUCAGCCAGUGUUACUCAAAAUAGCUUUAGAAAGAAAUAAAAAGGAUAAUAGGUUGGAAGGAUGCGGGAAGGUAAGGCUUAAGCACUGAAGAGGUGAAUUUAUCCCCCUUGCCCUGAAUCAAAAGAAUACAGCAUUUUAGAAUGCAUAAUUGGAUCUCCAGCCCAAAAACCUGGUUGAAACUGCUGUUAAGAGUUUUGCCAUGUUUCAUCUGUGAAACCAGUAAUCCCAGUGGGUCUCACAGUACCCAGAGCUAUGAGAACACAGGGCAAAAAAAAGUAUCACAGAUCAUCUAAAAGGGAGAAAUCUCAAAAAUCAAGUCUUGAAUGAAUUAUAUUCUUAUUCUUGAGUGUUGAUAUGCCACAUAUUCUAAGAAGUCAUAACCAUGCUAUAAAGAAGUCAUCUCAGUAAGAAAUGGAAAACUGUCCUGUGCCCUGUUGUAUGGACAGUGCUUAACUAUUUCCUUUCACCUACUUCAUUCUGAGACUGGUGUAAAGCACCAGCCUAAACAAUUGUGCUUUUUCUUUCUGUUUGAUCUUUUUGUGGCCCACAUUUUGUCAUUUGAUAACUAGUAAUUAACUGCUCUGAUUUAAAUGAUCUCUUUCUGGAACCGCAAAAAGUCAAUUGAAAUAUUAAAACCAAAAGAUUUAAGUAGGUUUUCAAAAGUGGUUCAAAGAUAUGGUUUAGCUAAGAUACUUGUAGAACCAAACCUUUUCCUUGCUUUGCUUUAACUCAAUGCUCCCUUGACCAUUUUCUUCAUUACCAUCUGGGCUAGGGCACAAAGUGGCUGUAUCCCACUAAGAGAAAGAACCAACUGAAGUUGAUGGAGACAAGAGGUGAACUCAGAAGACUGACAGAUUGGAUUUAUGUGGAGAGAUGGAAUGUGUAAACCUCCACUGGGUUCUCAUCCCAGAACCUCCCAUCCGUUCCUGAAACUUAAGCCUGGGGUCAGGCUGGAAGGCAGGUAGACAGGCCAGGUCUCACAUCUGGCUGGGAAGCAAGAUGAAGAGACCUGACUUCUGUUUCCCUUCAUACCCAAUCUUCUUGAGAUAUCCUCAAGGAAUUACCUGAUCUCAAGAGUGAGUCUGAGGAGUUAAAGAAAAUUUAGAGUGCUUUAUAAUUUUAUAUUUUGAGGUCACCUUUCCCUCUAGUUUAUUAGACUAGUCAGCAUAUUAGGGACCAACAGAGAAUCUCUUUUAAAAAAAAAAAGUAUUAAGGUAAUAAUUCUCUUGACUGAGUGACCGAAUCCAUACAGGACCUACUAGCAGACUGCCAGAAAUUCAAAUGCUACCAUGAGUCUCUGCUCUCAUCUCAGGAGGUAGAAGUGAAGGGAAAAGGAAGACAUUGUUCAAUCUUUGUGGCCAUUGGUCUCAUUAUUAUACCCGUGUUGUUAUGCACGUUCAUUUGCGUGGUGAUCAUUGUAUUCUUUUUUUUUAAUUUAUUUGAUUUUCUGUUGUUGAGAAUAUACACAGCAGAACAUUCACCAGUUCGACAAUUUCCACAUGUACAAUUCAGUGACGUUGAUUAUCGAUUGCAUUCUUCAAGUUGUGCAACAUUCUAUUAAUUCUUAACAAAAUGUUUAAUUCCAAUGAUAUGCACAUGGUUUUAGGGAUAAUAUUUAGUUUAGAGGCCAAGAACGCAUCCCAGUCUAGACCACUCUUUUUCAAAACCUAUUUUUAGGUUGAGAACAACAACCGGAAUUGUAAUCUUGAAGAGCUAGAUGUGGUUGGGAAAAAAAA